AUGGCCCCCCCGCUCCCGACCACCCCCCCCAGCAGUAGCCAAGAGACCUGGACUGGGCCGACACCAUUGCCAUUGAAGCUCAUACUCUUGGGCUGGAAGACCAUUGAGAAAAGAAACUGUGAGAAUGACCAGGUCCCAGGGAUUUUCUGUGAAGAUGGUCCUAGCAAUAAGAGUUCAGCAAGGCUUGAAGCCCUGAAGGAGGAGCUGUGCAUUGGCCAACAGGGUGCUGUGUGUGAGCUCUGCCCUAUGGGAUGGAAGCUGAGCAGCAGCAGGUGUUACUACUUCUCAAGAAUUCAGCAGAGCUGGGAGUCUGGUGCCAGAGACUGCACUGACAGGAAAUCCCAGCUCCUGAUCCUGGAGGAUGAAGCUGAAGCGGUCAGGAUCCGUAAACUGAAUCAGGGAGAUGAGUAUUUCUGGAUCGGGUACAAGUUUAACAAGACUCAGAAGCAGUGGACAUGGAUGAAGAACACUGGAUUCUCCAGAUACAGGAUAACAGUGAAAAAACACCUUCCUGGAAACGACUGUGCCUGUUUCAAGAGAGAAGAUGAGUUUACUUCUCAAGGAUGUCGGUAUCCUCUGCACUGGAUCUGUAAGAGAAACGGGACUGUGCUGGCACCCUGA